ACUUCAAAGAUGCGGCGGAGCCAGAGAGCUGCGCGCUCUACCCUCGGGGGUCUGUCCCUGCGGAGCGGAGCUCGAGUCCUCGCUGAGCCCAGUGGGGGCUCGGAGGCGUGAAGGGUGGUGCGGCCAGGUGAGGGGACCAGGUGCUCCCUUCCCCCACAACUCCCUCAGUGUCACCUCCUUCCACUCUCCGCUCCUGUGGGCCAGGCGAGACGCUCCUAGAGGGAGCUGCAACUUUCCAGAGACUUCGGCCAGGCUUGGCAAACUUCAGCGAGUUCCUGAUGCGCGUCCCAAGGGCUGCGCGCUGGCCGGCACCGUGGGGGAGGCCGAAGCGUACGUGAAGGGAGCCUUUGGCCACUUCUUGGGGUCCGCCACCCCUCCUCGCUUUCGGUUUCCCGGGCUUGCACCUGCGCUCCCACCCGCACGUACACCCUCUCUGGCCCGCGCAGCGCGAAUUCGAAUGCGGCGGUUUGGGGAGGCGCAGUUGGAGACGCAGCGGUCCGGUCCGGGGCUGAUAUCAGGCCGGACAGGGGAGGGGCGCUCCUCGGGCUGCGUGCCAGGGCUCGGGCGGAGAUCGCUCACUUUUCUUGGACUCACACCAGACUGUGGACACCAUAAGCAGCAAAGUGACCUAAGCGAGUGACUUGUGUGCUGCGCUUCUCUCGGAAACUUCUCGGGAUUAUGGUUUCUGCGACCUGGUUCCGCCCCUUUCAGAAAUGAAACUUGCUUACAGAGUAGACUAAAAGCCUGACAGUCAGUUGACUCGGCCAGCGGUGCCGCGGGUGGCUCAGAGGCGCCGCUGCCCCGGGAGGUGUCGCAGUUCGGAUCGCGAAGGGAAGCGGUCUGAGCUGGACCAGCAGGAAUUCUGUCCUUUGCCAUUGUUGUUUGUGAAGAUGGAAAACUUAAUAUCCCUGGAGUCACGCUUUUACUUGAGAUAACUGAAACCUUAUGUUUUAAGUUGCCCUGGCCAGAGCGUCCCCCAAGAUGGCAGAGGAGAGCAGCAGCGUUGCCAGGGACUGCGCGUCCUUCAGCGUGCUCAACUGGGACCAGGUCAGCCGGCUGCAUGAGGUCCUGACCGAGGUCGUGCCCAUCCACGGGCGAGGCAACUUUCCGACCUUGGAGUUGACCCUGAGGGACAUCGUCCAGACCGUCCGCAGCCAGCUGGAGGAGGCAGGCAUCAAAGUGCAGGACGUCCGGCUGAACGGCUCCGCCGCCGGCCACGUUUUGGUCAAAGACAACGGCUUGGGAUACAAAGACCUGGACCUCAUCUUCCACGUGGCUCUCCCCACCGAGGUCGAGUUCCAGCUGGUCAAGGACGUGGUGCUGUGCUCCCUUCUCAACUUCCUGCCGGAGGGCGUGAACAAGCUCAAGAUCAGCCCGGUCACCCUGAAGGAGGCCUACGUGCAGAAGCUGGUGAAGGUGUGCGCGGACACCGACCGCUGGAGCCUCAUCUCCCUCUCCAACAAGAAUGGCAGGAACGUGGAGAUGAAGUUCGUCGACUCCAUCCGGCGUCAGUUCGAGUUCAGCGUGGACUCCUUCCAGAUCAUCCUGGACUCUCUGCUCUUCUUCUACGACUGCUCCAGCCACCCCAUCUCCGAGCAUCUCCACCCCACGGUGAUCGGGGAGAGCGUGUACGGGGACUUCGAGGAAGCCUUCGACCACCUGCAGAACAAACUGAUCGCCACCAAGAACCCCGAGGAGAUCAGGGGCGGGGGGCUGCUCAAGUACAGCAACCUCCUCGUGCGGGACUUCAAGCCCACAGACCAGGAGGAGAUCAAAACUCUGGAGCGUUACAUGUGCUCCAGGUUCUUCAUCGACUUCCCGGACAUCCUGGACCAGCAGAGGAAGCUGGAGACCUACCUGCAGAACCACUUUGCCGAAGGGGAGAGGAGCAAGUACGACUACCUCAUGAUCCUGCGCAGGGUCGUGAAUGAGAGCACCGUGUGCCUCAUGGGGCACGAGCGGCGGCAGACCCUGAACCUCAUCUCCCUGCUGGCCUUGCGCGUGCUGGCCGAGCAGAACAUCAUCCCCAGCGCCACCAACGUCACCUGCUACUACCAGCCGGCUCCAUACGUCAGCGACGGCAACUUCAACAACUACUACAUCGCCCAGUCUCCAGUGACCUACAGCCAGCCCUACCCCACCUGGCUGCCCUGUAACUAACCUUGAGACCUGAGGGUUUCCACGGCGGGAACCCCCCGUAGGGCAGGGGCUCUCAGGUAGGGGAGCCUCCUUCUAGAUGUAGGUGUUUGCCUCUUAAAGGGGAACUCAGCUCUGAUUCUGCUUUUUUUUCUUUGUGUACCCAUCAGAAUGGGUCUACAGUGUGUCAUGAGCCAACCCUAACGGGACCCGUUGUUCCAGUGCCACUUUGGAAAAAGCUGUAGGAAGCACGGCCUGUCCACAUCUUUCCGAGACAGACACUAACCUGCCGUGUCCCAAGCAUGGGCUCGGGGAGAUCCGAGCUCUGUGCGGUGACCCAGGCGGGGGAGUCGCCCGGGCAGGGUGUGAGAAGCACGGGGCCGCGUGUCUUCUCACUGGGGCCUGGAGAAGGCCCUGCCGGCGCCCACCGGGGGCUCUCAGCUACACAAAAGCUGUGCUGAUGGUCUGUGUUCCUGCAUCAGUUUUAGUCAGGCAGAAAAGGGCAACCGCGAGGGUGCUCCCGUGACUUCAGUUUCGUUCCAAGGACUGCGCUGCGUGUGUAACUCCCUGUCAGCAGAGCUGAGGACUCCUCUCACCAGCACGCUACGGCCAGCUGCUACGCAGGUCCGGCUGGAGCGGUCCAUGGUUUAGAUGCUGCGCUCCUGCGAGGAAUUGUGUGUGCGAUUGCUGAGACGGAAAAAAAGAGAAAAAGGCCUUUUCGUGAAAUGUAACUUGAAGACAAAAUAAAACGUGGAACAUAAUGUUAAA